AUGAAUAAAAUUUGUUUGCUUGUAUCACGUCGUAAUUAUGCAACAGCAUCAACAUUUCGUGCUGCUGAUACAAUAAUAAAAAAAACUGAACGUGGAAAUCCUAAACCAGAUCCGAAUAAACUUGUUUUUGGUGCCAGUUUUUCGGAUCAUAUGUUAACAAUAAAACAUACAAAUACAUCCGGUUGGGAAAAACCAAUAAUUGAACCAUUGAAGGAUCUUUCCAUUCAUCCUGCUGCAAAAGUUUUACAUUAUGCCACGGAAAUUUUCGAAGGCUUAAAAGCUUAUCGUGGUAAUGAUGGAAAAAUACGUCUUUUUCGACCUGAUUUAAAUAUGAAACGAAUGCUUACAUCAGCUGAACGAAGUGUUUUACCAACAUUCGAUGGAAAUGAAUUAAUAGAAUGUAUAAAAAAAUUAAUUCAAAUUGAUGUUGAUUGGGUACCAAGAUCAACUACAAGUACACUUUAUAUUCGACCAACUUUAAUUGGUACUGAACCAACAUUAGGUGUUGGUGCUCCGCAUGAAUCAUUAUUAUUUGUUAUUACUGGUCCUGUUGGUCCUUAUUUUCCAACUGGCUUUAAACCGGUUUCAUUAUUUGCAGAUACGUUCCAUUGUCGAGCAUUUCCAGGUGGUAUGGGUGCAUAUAAAGCUGGCUCCAAUUAUGGACCAACAAUUUAUGUGAAUCAAUUGGCUCAUGAAAAAGGAUGUCAACAAGUAUUAUGGCUCUAUGGUGACAAACGCUAUAUUACAGAAGUUGGCACAAUGAAUGUAUUUAUUUGUUUAAAAAAUAAAAAAGGAGAUACGGAAUUAGUUACACCACCAUUGAAUGGACUUAUUUUACCUGGUGUUACUCGUCAAAGUAUUCUGGAUCUUGGACGUUCAUGGAAAGAUUUAACUGUUUCAGAACGAGAAAUAACAAUGGAUGAACUUUUAGAAAUACAUCGAGAGAAUCGACUUUUGGAAAUGUUUGGUGCUGGUACAGCAGCUAUUGUUUGUCCAGUUGAACGUAUUAUUUAUGAAGGAAAAGAAUAUAAUUUGGCGACAAUGAACAAAGGAGCUCCAUUAACAACUCGAGUUCAUGAUGAAAUUGUCAAUAUUCAAUUUGGUCGAAAACCAAUUUAUCUUUUUUUGCAAAUUUUUGUUAUAUUUUGUUCACAACCAAAACGUAUUGUCGAUCAAAUGUAUAUAUCAUUUGAUCGUGCACGUUACUGUGUUCGUCGUCUUAAUGGUACACAUGAAAUUGGUUGUCAAUCAUCGAUACGAGGCAAUUCUGGUCGAAUGUAUAUGAUUGAUAAUGAUCAAGAAUUUAAUAUAUAUAUUAAAGAUAAUAAAAUUAUUGAUUCAUCUAAUUCAUUUAUUAUUGUGCUUAAUGUAAAUUUAUUUAAUUCGUAUUAUAUUGAUCGUUUAAUGAAAAUUCUCGAUAGAAAAUUAAAUGGUCUUUUACUUUAUUUAAAAUCAAAUUUAUCUCGUCCAUUAGAUUUUUCACAUGAUGAUCAAUGUCCUAAUAAUCGUUAUCCAUAUUAUUUAAAUCAAACACAAAAAAUGAAUUGGAAUUCAAAAGGAACUGGUUUAUUUUUUCGUUCAUUUCCAUUUCCAAUAAUGUUAAUCGAUGAAGAAGAUGAUUAUAAGCGUUUAGUUAAAUUUUAUCGACAAUUUUAUAAUAGUCAAUCAUUACCUGCUUGUGGUCUAGAAUUAAAAGCAUUUCAAAAUGCAGCACAUACAACAAAAACAUGUAUGAGAAGAAAUGAUAUAUCACAUUCAUUAAUUGAUCUUCAAGAAAUGUUUUGUGAUCCAAUUGGUGGUUUAAAUAUUUAUAGUAAAUUACCUCAAUCAAUCACUAUUGUACCUGAUCAACGUCCGUUAAAAUCAGUUAUUCUUAUUUUAGCAACGACAGAUAGUUUUCAAAUGUUUUUAAAAACAAAAGGAUCAACAGGUGGUGUUCAACAACCAGCUAUAGCACUUAUUACAUUUCUUGCAUUGGCACAUCUUAUUGGACAAGAACAAGAUGAAUUUAAAAAACAAGAUAAAGAAAUUAUAUUUGUAACACUUGAUGGUGAUGCAUUGGAUUACUCAGCUUCAUUUAAAUUUAUGUUUGAUAUGAUUAAUGAAUAUUUUCCAAUUGGUAAUAAAAAUGAACAACCUAUUAAAAUUGAACAUAUUCAUUCAAUUAUUGAACUUCAAUCAUUAAGUAUGACGCAAAAAAUUUGGCUUCAUACAUAUCCCUCAUCAUUAAUCAAUCGAACCUUUAUUGAUAUACUACUUCGUAAUAAUCCAAUGAUCAAUCUAAUUCCAUCUAAUUCUCCCUUACCACCAGCAUCUUCACAAAUUUUUCUUCGACAAACAUUAUCAUCAUCUUUUCCUGCUUACAUAUUAUCAUCAACAGAUCAAUUUCAAUUAUCAAAUCAUUAUUAUCAUUCAUUUUUUGAUGAUCCUUCGACAUUAUCAAUUAAUAUAUCAACAUUAGAAUAUAAUACUACUACGGAAUUUAGUCUAUGGAUUAAACGUAUUGUUGAACCACUUGCUCAAACAUUAAUUGAGUCAUUAGUUGAUACAAAGAAAAAUGUCAUUAUUAAACAAGAAAUUGUUAAUAAUCUAGUUUAUUGUAUUUUAAAAAAUAUUAAUUGUCCUCUUAUUCAUAAUGUUACUAAUCAAUCUGUUGGUAAUACAUUUCAACCAUUUGAUCAAACAUCUAUGCUAUUUUCAAUUAAUACUUAUCCAAUCUCAACAACAGCUACAUUUCCUUUUAUAAAAUAUGUACUUAGUUAUUUUUUACGUGAUCGUUCAUACGAUACACAAAAUUUAACUGAAACAUCAUGUAAACAACUUAUAUAUAAUGAUAGUUUUUGUUCAUAUACAUUUGUUGGUGGAUAUUUACCAUCAAUGAUUAAUAAGAAUUCAUUUUCUGGUUAUUGUGUUCGAUCAUAUCUACGAUCUGUACAAUCAAUCUCACCAGCAUUUGUUAUUGAAAAUUAUGAUCUAUCUCAAACAACAUAUCCAGCAUGGACUGAAAGUCGAUGGACAGCAAUUAGUCUACGACUUUUUAUUAUUCCAACAAGGACACAUGAAAUAGUUACACUUAUUAUUGGUAUUUUACUUACUUUUAUUUCAUUUUGUGUACUUUUCUUUUUACGUUAUUAUACAAAGAUUAGUAUUUUACAACCUUCAUCAUCAUGA